AUGCCUACACCCAAUUACUUUUACAUUAUACAGGUUGUUCCUGAGUUGCGUGAGUGGUGUGAAGAGAAGUCAAUCCAGCUGAUUGAAUGUGAUCUUAGAUGGGGUGUCCCUAAAGAUUCCACAACUGAAGCAACUAUCAGAACUUGUUUGGGUGAACUUGAUCGUUGUUCAGAUGAAACUGAUGGGGAGCCAUUUUUCUUGAACAUGCUUGGAGAAAGGUAUGGAUGGAUUCCAAGUUCUUCUGAAAUAUCACAAGAGAUUCAAGAAGAAUACAAAUGGAUCUUUCCUACUUCAAUAACACAUAUGGAAAUCAUACAUGCAGCAUACAGAAUGCAAAGUCAAAAUGCGGCAUUCCUUUUUAGAAAUGCUGAGUUUCUCAAUGAUCUGCCUCCAGAGAUCUUGAAAGCAUUUGUAGAUGUUCAUCCUCUAAACAAAGCACAAUUAAAGGCAUUAAAGGAUAAGCUGAGACAAAGAUUCCCUGAACAAGUAUUUGACUAUUCCUGUCAAUAUGAUGGGAUUGACAAGUCAUCAGGAAUGGCAAAGGUCAAACUCAAAGGGUUAGAAAAUUUCAGUCAAGCUGUGCUUGAAUUUUUCAAAUCAGCCAUUACCAGAUCAGUUCCUGAGGUGACUCAAGGACUAUCCACAGAAGAAAUUGAGCUCUCAAUGCACAACCAGUUCAUUGAACUGCGAGGUCAACUCGUGUUGGGACGGAGUAAAGAAAUUUCUACUAUAAUGCAAUAUGUUGAGCAUGGGACUAUAUCUGAUGGACCCAGUGCAGAGGGCCUUGUUCCACUUAUGGUCCUGGGCUCCUCAGGAUCUGGAAAGUCAGCACUGAUGGCUCGUUGUACACUGGACAUUAAAAAGCUUGGGUUGCCAUUAUUCUUCCAUUUUGUUGGGGCUGGACCAGGAUCUACAAAUCCUGUCAAACUUGUAGAGAAACUAGUCCGAUGGCUGAAGAGUUUGAGUGUAGCAGAUCCUCCAUAUCUUGAAGACAUGAGCAAGGAACAACUCCAACAAGAGAUCAAGAAAGAAUUAGAAGAAAUUGGCAAAAGAGGUGAAGUGUUUGUGGUCAUCAUUGAUGCAAUCAAUCAGUUAGCGGAUGCUGAAGCAACAGACCACAUGGACUGGCUUCCAAGUAUUUUCCCACGCAAUGUUCGUUGUGUGAUCAGUGCAGUGACUGACAGUCGCUCUGCUCGAGUCCUGUCCAGUGAGCAGCGCAAGCCCCAUGCAGUACCACUUCAUAUAGGAGAACUUGACGAGUCCGCUCGUAAAGAUAUAGUGAAGCACACUUUAGGAAAGUAUAACAAGAAACUCGAUGCAGAGCAGAUGGAGUUGUUAAUUGGUUCAGCAGGGGCGCGUAAUCCUCUGUCGUUAUCGUUGUCGUGUGAAGAGCUACGCGUGUUUGGAGUCUUUGAAACGAUCACUCGUCAUAUUAGGAGUUUACCAGCCACGUUAAAAGAACUUCUGCAGUUUAUAAUGAACAGACUUACCAAUGAAGACCAAGAAAACAACAUUUACAAGGUUUUAGGGCUGCUGGCGUGUAGUAAAGGUGGCUUGAGGGAAACUGAGCUCCAAUAUCUCCUCAGUGAUGAUUUCACUGAGUCUGUCCCGAUGAUGAUGUGGGCUGAAGUAAGACGUACAUUAAAACCAUUUCUUAGAAACAUUGGAGGGAGAAGAGAACAGGAAAGACUCGAUUUUUUCCACGCAUCAAUACAAGAGGUUGUAUUGGAAACCAUUCUCGUAGAUUUUGAGGAAAAGAAAAAGUUUCAUUUAAAACUGGCAGAUUUCUUUGCAGAUCACUGCAAAGAUGAAGAGCGAGUGAUUUACAUGGUGCCAGAACAACUCAAAUUAGCUGGAGAAAAGAAAAGACUGUUGGAAUUCCUGAGAAAGGAUCAGCGCUCCAUAAACAAACCUGGCUUUUGGAAAAUCAGCUACUACAAGGAUCUGCGUUGUAACAAAUUACUUCAUCAGGGAACAGCAUUUGCCCACGACGUUCACAUUUGCCAGUUCUGCAGUACAAGGCGGGGGGCUUUUGGAGACGUGUUUCAAUUGAACAAAGAUUCAUGUUUCAUUUGUGGACGCUUUACGACAUGGAAAGACGAUCAACGGUCCGCUAUGGUGUGCCAUUUUCAUAAGCCGCCUGGACCGCCAAACGUGAAGAUGUGCAUUUUAUGCAGAAAGCCUGCCUUUCAGAAUGCUGUUAAGUGUUACUUGUGUCCUAUGUGUGGGACUGUGGGGAUUAAAAAAUGUGUCAUGCUUGUCGGGGACUGGUUGCAUUCCAGGUGAUGAACUUUAGCAGGAGUAAAAAGAAAAUGAACAUAUCUACAAAGAUUCGGAAAGACUUUGUCUACACUGUUGUAUCGGCGGGGGUAUUUUGCAGAACGCAAAAAGCCAAAUGCACCGUUUUCUUACGUUUAGUUUCACUAGUGUUUGGUUGCGGUUAUUUGUUGGACAGAAUACCACAAUAGAGAUCAUGUAGCAUUUGGCCCGCAAACGCAAGCAAACAUGAGUGAAACUAACUGUAAGUAGACAGUGCCUUCUGCGUUCUGUAAAAUUUCCCGCCGCUAUCGUAUGGGAUUGAAACAGAGUGAAGAUGUUGCUUCAUGAAACAUGGGCUGUGAUGCGACACUUUCGUUCUCAGUCAAUCAGAUUGGUGCGUCAGAGAUUUAAAUGAGCAAACUCUACACACAACAGUCAAGAGCUUACUUUAUCUUGAAUUUUUUGCUCCGUCAAUCGCCCAAGGUUUUGAAGCAUUACCGUACGUAUAGACUAUACCGGUAUUUAAUUUUUAACAACUUCAUCGUUGUUGCCAGUUCAAGUAAUGCACUCACGGUUUAACUCCAAGAUUUUCAGUUCGAUGUUUCUUCGGCGUCAAAUAGAUUCCAUACUGGCGUGCUUCUGUUCAGUAAUUGAUCACAGAUGACGUCAAAAUGUGGUAAGAACAGAAAAGUGGCACACGAGGCGAUAGCCGAGUGUUUUAUGCUUUCGCCACAUUUCACUGCAUUUUGAUAAGUAAGAACCAAUCAAAUUGCAAGGAUUUAUUAUAUAAUCAGCCAUUUUAAAUACUUUAAAUGUAGUUGUUUUUAUCCGUAUGAAGGUGUGAAGUCUUGUUUUCUUCAAUUCUUAUUUUUUCAUACUUAUUUUUACACGACCCCACAAGCCAGAGGUUUUAAAAUUUAUCGUGUAUAAAAGGUCAUCAUCAUCAUCAUCAAUGCGAUGUAAGUUAAGUUUUGUAUGUGAUGUAAUGGUCUAGUAUUGUAAUGUAGUGAAUGUAAAUAAUAUCACGUCACCCUGUUGUAAAUAUCGUUUUCAAAAGUAGAAAUGAAACCCCGCGAAAGGAAUCUUGAAUAAACUCGGAUUAGAAUUUGACAGUACAAAUUAAAUCAACCAUUUAGGGUC